GAUAAUUUUAGCGUUGAGUCCGUGACAAAUGACUUUGUUAAUGGUGAAGACAAUGAUUUACUGUAACAGAUGUCAAUGCUUAUCAUUCAGGUAACAUAGAAUCGAGUUAAUGAAUCGAUGACUGGCUCAUCAAACAAGUUCUAUAGCUAUUAAUUGACAGGCUGUCUUAUGGUAACUGACUCAAGCCUGUAUCUAAUUCACAAGAAAUGAUUGGCAACUUGGCUUGGUCUAUGCAAUUGUUUAUUUGCUGUUAAAUGUUUUAACCUCUAUUAUCUUUUGUGAUUUCAAUUAAUUAUCAUACAGUGCCAUCUUUAUAUGAUGAUAAAAUGAUUAUUUAUCUUCAUUAUUGUCUUACUAUUUUUUCUGCCUUUUACUUUUCAUCAAUCAAUUUUUAGUGAGAUUAUCUUUUUUUUCUCACACCCGUGAUCAUCGAUUCAUAUGUUUAACUGUCUCAUUUAUUGUAAAGUAUAAAUUUAAAUCCAACAUGACCCGUAAAGUUGCUUUGAUUACCGGUAUCACUGGUCAGGAUGGUUCUUAUUUGGCUGAGUUUCUAAUUGACAAAGGAUAUGAGAUACAUGGAAUCAUUAGACGGUCAAGUAGCUUUAAUACUGCAAGAAUUCAACAUCUAUACAAAGACCCUCGGACCCACAAGCAGGGAUCAAUGAAAUUGCAUUAUGGGGAUAUGACGGAUACUACUUGUCUGGUCAAAAUAAUUAAUGAGAUAAAGCCUGAUGAAAUAUACAAUUUAGCAGCUCAAAGCCAUGUCAAAGUUUCAUUCGAGCUGAGUGAAUAUACUGCAAAUGUAGAUGCAAUUGGAACUUUAAGAGUAUUAGAUGCUAUCAGAAGCUGUGGAUUGGGAACCAAAGUUAAAUUUUAUCAAGCAUCAACUAGUGAACUUUAUGGUAAAGUCCAAGAAAUACCACAAAAUGAAAAAACACCUUUCUAUCCAAGAUCGCCUUACGGUGUUGCUAAAUUGUAUGGUUACUGGAUAGUUGUCAACUAUCGUGAAGCAUACAACAUGUUUGCAGUCAAUGGUAUUUUAUUUAAUCAUGAAAGCCCUAGAAGAGGUGAAACUUUUGUUACCCGUAAAAUUACUAGAGGUGUUGCCAAGAUUUCUAUCGGUGAGUUGGACUAUAUCGAACUAGGUAACUUAGACGCCAAAAGAGACUGGGGUCAUGCGAAAGAUUAUGUUGAAGCUAUGUGGCUCAUGCUUCAGCAAGACAAGCCUGAAGAUUUCGUGAUAGCCACUGGAAAAGCUCAAAGUGUUCGCGAGUUUGUUGAAGAAGCAUUCAAACAUGUCGGCAAAAACAUUGAAUGGGAAGGAAAAGGAUUAGAUGAGGUGGGUAAAGAAAAAGAAACUGGAAUCGUUCGAGUUAAAGUGAAUGCAAAAUAUUUCCGUCCUGCCGAAGUUGAAAUCCUUUUAGGCGAUGCUUCAAAAGCUGCUGAGAAACUUAAAUGGACUCCAAAAAUUAGCUUUGCUGAUCUCGUCCGCGAAAUGGUUGACUCUGAUAUUGCGUUAAUGAAGAAAAAUCCAGAAGCCUGAAAUUUUUUCCAUCAUUUAUUAUUCAUGUUUUAAUCCAAUUCAAUGAUCUCUGACUUGGCAAUCUAAUAUUUCAGACUUUCCAUUAUGUAUUACAAAAUGAUUCCAAUGAUGAUAUUCAUCAUAAAAAACUUGUCCUUUAUAAAAUGACAAUGUUAAUUUGAUAAUCACAAAUCAUUUUCAAUCCUUGAAUAAGUCAAGUACGGCCUAUACUAUUCAAUUUUGACUCGUUUACGAACAACUAAUAUAAAUGAUAUUAAUAAUUACCAUUUCUAAUACCCGAUU